AUGGCUGAGGGUAUCGAAAAGCUUGCCGAAGUUCCGGUUGAGUUCUUUAAAGACGGUUCUGCAUUUGUCAGAAAGUGUCAGAAGCCAACUCAAAAGGAGUACCUCAAGAUCGUUAGAGCUGUUGGCGUUGGUUUUGUGAUGAUGGGCGUCGUCGGGUACGCUGUCAAGUUGUUGCACAUUCCUAUCAGAUAUUUGAUCGUCUAA